AACUUCCGUCGCUGCUCUGCACGGGCUGUCUGACCCGGUGAGGCAACACAUUUGGAGGGGAAUGGCGGCUAGCCGUCUGAGGGCCCUGGUUUUCCUCCUGCCUGCUGUUCUGUGCGCCGGUCAGGGUGUGGUGGAUAUUAAAACUCCAGCUCUCCCUGUGAAUGGGACUGUGGGACACUCUGCCUGGUUACCUGUGGAAAUAAACCCCAUCCCAGAGAAAGCAGAAAUCACCUGGAAAUUCACUGAAAUUGGUCGUGCAGCAUCUAUCGCUCGAUUGGACACCAGUGACGGGAAAAUUAAAAUAUUUGAAGACACGGUGUUUGAUGGAAGGGUCACAGUGCACGAGAACGUGACCCUUCAGAUAGACAACCUGACGAUGGAUGACGGAGGGACUUACACAGUGACUCUAGCAGGAGGAGGAAGAGAUUAUACAGGAAAGGUUACUCUGCAAGUUUAUGAGCCCGUGUCUGUACCCACUGUGGAGCUGAUUGAGAACAUCACUGCUGAGAACUGUAAUGUCACCCUGCUGUGCUCUGUGGAGAUGGGGAGUAACAUCAGCUAUACCUGGACAUCGCUGGGAACCACCCAGAAAGAUGGGGAGGUGGAACAGCUCUCCGGGAACACGGGGGAACUGAAACUGUCAGUGGGAAUGUCUGACCCCAUCCACUAUCGGUGUACCGUGUGGAACGCAGUCAGUGAGGAGAGCAGGGAGAUCAGGGUAGGUCCACCCUGUACGCAGUCACAGAAAGGGUCUCUGCCUGUGGGAGGUUUAAAUAUUGAUUUGCGCAUUGUUGUUCCCAUCAUCAUCAUCAUCGUCAUCAUCAUCGUCAUCAUCAUCACCAUCCGCUUUAAAUGUCAAAAAUCAAGAACUAAAAACCGGGAAGAACAAACACAGUCUGAUCAGCCCUUCACACGGGUCCCCACCAUCCCCAACAACUACGUGAGUACUGAUCUGGUGGUUUUCAAUCCUGCUGCCCACACCAAGGUCCCAGCAAAGAUCCCGGGCUCCGCCGCCCGCUGGGGCGUCUCACGGCCAUACCCAGCGUUGAGGAGAUGA